AUGACAAAGCCAAGAGUCAUCUACUGGUUCCGAACCGACCUGCGCCUGCACGACUCUCCAGCGCUGCAGGCCGCCCUUGACCUCGACCCGGCCGUGCUGUGGCCUGUUUUCACGUUUCACUCAUCUAUGUCCAUCACUGAACUCAACCCCAAAUCCAAGUUGUUCGUCUUGCGCGAGGGGCCCCAGACUCUGUUCAAAAAGCUCUUCAAGGCAUGGAGGGUGACCCAUCUCGUGUUUGAGAAGGACACGGACGUCUAUGGCCGCGAGCGUGACGCGGUGGUCGUCAAGGCUGCCGAGGAGGCGGGUGUCGAGGUGGUUGUCCGCUCCGGGCGCACGCUGUGGGACAGCGAUGAGGUCGUCAAAAAGAACAAUGGCAAGCCCACCAUGUCGAUCGCGCAGCUGCAGCACGCGGGCGAACGUGUCGGUGACAUACCGCGCCCUAUCGCCGCGCCCAAGAGCCUACCGGACCCGGGGCAGAUGCCAGUGGAUUUCGAGCAGGACGAGCCAGACACACAGCCUGACUUUAACGAGCCGAGCCGAGAGGGCAAGGAUACGGCAUACAAGGACAUUGCGGGCCCGAAUGGCGAUUUCGCCACUGAGACCAUGGAGGAGCUAGGCUUCCCGUCCGCCACGACGUCGAUCAGGGGAGGCGAGAGUCUCGCACUCAAGGCACUGGGGAAGAUCAUCGAGGAUAAGAAGUACACGGCGACCUUUGAGAAGCCCAAGACGAGCCCUGCGCAGUUUGAGCCACAGGCCACGACUCUCCUCUCCCCGUUUCUGCACUUUGGCGCUCUGUCUGUCCGCGAGUUCUUCUGGCGCGUGCAAGACGUCGUGACCGAGUACGGAAAAGGAGCAUCGUCGCCGCCCAUGAGCCUGACAGGGCAGCUGUAUUUCAGGGACAUGUACUUUGCGGCGCAGGCCGCCCUGGGGGCGCCCUUCCAUCAGACUGCGACGAACCCGUAUAUUCGCUUCGUACCCUGGCAUCUACCGUCGAAGCGGGAUAUCACGUCGGGCAUGGUCACGGGGGAGUAUCACGUGGACUCCGAAGAAGCAGAGAUCUGGUUCAAGCGCUGGAGGAACGGCGUGACAGGCUUCCCCUGGAUCGACGCGCUCAUGCGCCAGCUUAAGCAGGAGGGCUGGAUACACCAUCUAGGACGACACAGCGUAGCCUGCUUCCUCACAAGAGGAGGUUGCUACGUGGACUGGGAGCGCGGCGCCGAGGUAUUCGAGGAGUGGCUCCUGGACCACGAGCCAGCCUGCAACGCCGGCAACUGGCAGUGGCUCAGCUGCACGGCGUUCUUUGCACAAUACUACCGCUGUUACAGUCCCAUUAGCUUUGGCCAGAAGUGGGACAAGGAGGGUGCGCUGGUCAGAAAGUACGUCCCCGAGCUGAAGGACCUGGACAAGAAGUACAUCUACGAGCCGUGGAAGGCCCCCAUCGCGGACCAGAAGAAGGCCGGCGUCCGCGUGCAAGGCGACGGUCUCGGAGAUCGGGAGAAAGGAACAUACCCGAAGCCCAUGUUUGACUUUCCGGAGAGGAGGAACGUCUGCAUCAGCGGGUUGAAGAAGGCGUACGCAGUCGGCUUGCACGGGAACGAUGAACGGGUGCUCAACGGCACAUGGAGGGAUUUGUUCCCUUCGCCUGACGAGGCAGAAGUCAUGAAUGAGUAUGACAGCGACGGCGGAGAGCAUGCCGACCGUGCUGAUCAGCGGACCCAUGAUAAAGGGGCUCAGCAAGUAGGAAAGAAACGUGCCAGGAAUGAGAGCGUGCCGGAAGCGCCGCCAAAGAAGCAGUCAAAGAGGCAGCAGACGCUUAAUUUUAGGAAUAAGUAG